AUGGCACAACGCAGUUUUCCCCCAAGCGGGCCAAGCCCCGCACCACCACCGGGCGCCAUGCAACCGCAGCAACGGUACCCUGGUCCUGCACAACCUCAGGGAUCCCCUAUGCCGCCUAGACCUUACCCAGGACCCAAUUUUCCUGCUCGCAGUGGCUUCACGCCGCCUCCGGUGGGCGCCGUGGGCGGCGGCGGCGGGCCGGUGGGGGGCGCGGGCCCCGCCGCGCGGGCCGCUGGUGGGGCGGCGUACGGCGGCGGCGCGGCGGCGGGCCCCGCGGCGCAGGCUGCGAUGCGCCCGGCGCCCGCCGCGCCUGCGCCCCCUCAGCCCACGAAGCGCGCGGCCGACGCCAGAGCUCCGAUGCCUCCCCAGCACAAGCCUUUGUAUAACCCGGACGCGUACUCUUCGGCGGGGGGCGCCCCCGCGAAGCGUAAGAAGCGACUCGCUGACAAAAUAUUACCGCAAAAGGUGCGCGACUUGGUUCCCGAGUCGCAGGCCUACAUGGACCUGCUCGCCUUCGAACGGAAACUCGAUGCCACUAUCAUGCGCAAGCGUCUCGAUAUACAGGAGGCGCUCAAGCGACCCAUGAAACAGAAAAGGAAACUGCGAAUAUUCAUAUCUAACACGUUUUAUCCAGGGCAGGGCGACAACGCGGUGCCCUCGUGGGAGCUGCGCGUGGAGGGGCGCCUGCUCGACGACACCAAGAACGACCCCAACAAAGUGACGGGUGCGGAGGUGUUGCAGGUGAAGCGCAAGUUCUCUUCGUUCUUCAAGUCGCUGGUGAUCGAGCUGGACAAGGAGCUGUACGGUCCCGACAACCACCUCGUCGAGUGGCACCGCACGCUCACCACGCAAGAGACUGACGGCUUCCAGGUGAAGCGGCCCGGCUACAAGAACGUGCGCUGCACGAUCCUGCUGCUGCUGGACUACCAGCCGCUGCAGUUCAAGCUGGACCAGCGCCUGGCGCGCCUGCUGGGCGUGCACACGCAGACGCGGCCCGUCAUCGUCAACGCGCUCUGGCAGUACGUGAAGACGCACAGGCUGCAGGACCCGCACGAGCGCGAGUACGUCGUGUGCGACAAGUACCUGGAGCAGAUCUUCGGCACCGCGCGCAUGAAGCUGGCCGAGGUGCCCGGCCGUCUCGGGGCCUUGCUGCACCCGCCCGACCCCAUCGUCAUCAACCACGUCAUCGCCGUCGAGCCGCCGCACGACACCAAGCAGACGGCCUGCUACGACAUCGACGUCGAGGUCGACGACACCCUCAAGACGCAGAUGAACAACUUCUUGCUGAGCACGGCCAAUCAGCAAGAGAUCCAGGGGCUCGACGCCAAGAUACACGAGACGGUGGACACGAUCAACCAGCUGAAGACGAACCGCGAGUUCUUCCUGAGCUUCAGCAUGGACCCGCAGCAGUUCAUCCAGAAGUGGCUCGUGUCGCAGUCGCGCGACCUCAAGAGCAUGGGCGCGGCGGCGGGCGGCGGCAACGCGGAGGAGGAGCGGCUGGGCGCGUUCUACGCGCAGGCCUGGGCCGGCGAGGGCGUGGCGCGCUACAUGCACGCGCGCCUGGCGCAGCGCCGCCGCGACCUGGAGCUGGCGCUGCUGCCCGCGCAGCCCGCGCCGCCCGUCCUGCAGCGCCUCUAA